AUGCAGCGGCCGCCGGCGCUGCGGGCGCGGGCACCCCGCGCGGCGGGGCUCGCGCUGGUCUUGCUGCUGGCGAUCGGCCCGAGGAAGGUGGGCGCCCCGCGCCUGCGAGGCGCCGCCGCUGCCAGCGCACAGGGGCCGCCAGGCAGUCUGGCCGUCGAGGUGCCGGAGAGCUUGGCGCAGGUGGAGCAGCGAACCCUGCUGGCCCAGCAGCAGGCGCUGGAGGCGGCUGUGGCCCAGGAGGAGCGGAUGGAGGUGGAGCUGCGGCGCCUCGAGGCCAGGGAGGGGCGGGUGGCGCAGAGGCUGGACCGGCUCCGCUACCUGGAGCAGGCGUCGGACGUGUUGGCGCAGGUGCGCACGAGGGCCUUCAUGGGCGACCUCACCGCCGAGCUGACGGGCGCGGCCGUGUACGUGGGGUUCAUCCUCCUGGUCACGCUCCUGUACGGCCUGGUCUUCGACUACGAGUACCCAGAAGUGCAGAGCAAACCCGCGGAGGACGUUCUGAAAGAGAACAUGGGCUUCGCAUGGAACCUGUGGCACGGCUUCAACUGCGACCCGGAUGCCAGGAUUUGCAUAUUCUCUUGCCUGGCGAUGCCCGUCCGUUGGGCGGACACCGCGCACAAGCCGUCCGUGCAGUUCGCGCCCUUCUGGCUCGGGCUGACGAUCUUCACGCUCUGCUGCGCCCUCAGUAAGAUGACCUACGGCGCCACGUACCUCGGAUUGUUGGUGGUGGCCGUCCAGAAUCGGCAAAAGAUCCGUGAAUCUUACGGGUUGGACCACGGCGACAACACCACCAGGGUGGAGGACUGCCUCGUCUGGGUGUGCUGCCCCGCCUGCGCGACCAUGCAGGAGGCCAUGGAGGUGGAGUUCGUCGAGCCGCCCAGGCUGAAGGGCUUCCGCAGGCUCCGGGGCGGCGCCUGA